GCGCAACCGAGCGCAACUCUUUCAUAGUCCUUCGUCUUAGAAUUCAUAUUAUAAACAGUACAUACGUUUGCAACAAGUCUCUCGUAGCAGUGCUCCGUGAUAUAGCCUUGACUUUUGGUCCUGUCCUUUUGGAGGGGUUUGCUGGCUCACUGAUCAGGUCGGGGUACACUCCCCAGCUUCAACUUCGGAGUGCACAGUCCAAAAGCCCUGGUGAGCGAAAGCAAAGCAACCUCUGCCCUUAUCGGAGUCAAGUCUGGGGAGGUCGCCUUGCCCUCAACUUGAGCAGACUAUCAAUCGCCGCUAAUUCUGUCCCAUCAUGGCUAGCUUUGCUCCGGCGUAUCAGCAGGUGAGCAAUGAUACCUGGCUCAAUGGAAUCGUUCAAGACAUCAUUUCCUCAGGGCCGGCGCGGCGGGUGGCCUCCAGGAGCCGAAGCAGGAGCCUUCAUACUCAGAGCGUGACCUCCAGAAGCAGAAGCAGAAGCUUGCAUGCCCAGAGCAGCUCUGAACGGCAGCGAGUAUCAGUGCAGAGCGAGGAUGACGUUGACGAUGUCGACCAGGAGUCGCCUGUGGCUGGCGUAGGAAGUGACCUCGCUCGAGGACGACAGCCGAUACCUUCGCAUGCGCGUGGAAUGUCGGAUUCGUCAUUCUUCAGCGAUGCAACGUUACCUUCAAUUCCACCACCGGCUUAUGGCCAAGUGACAUGUCCUUCAGAGAACAACUCAUCUUUCUUCCAACGACAGUCUUCAGACAAGGCUUCGACGAGGUCGGCGGUCUCCUCGGUUCCAGCGGCCAAUUUUCCGGAAACCUCGUAUGUGCCCUCCAGACGGGGAGUAUGGGUCCGACAGCAACAGAACCAAACGGCGGACUCCAAGUCCAAAGCUGUUCACUUCGACAACACCCGCAACACUCUGAUCGAGCCGGUGAGAAGAUUGUCCACCGUCUCCGAAUUCUCCGGCUUCGAGUCGCACCCUGCUGUCAGGCCGCUCGAGACGAAGAAAGGGCUUGGCGAAGCUGCCGGUCCUACACCAGCGGAUGAUCCAACACAAUAUCCAGGGCCGCUUGCCUUGGCUUCGAUUGUGAUAGGUAUUUGUCUAUCAGUGUUCAUCAUAUCCUUGGACAGAAAUAUCAUUACCACUGCUAUUCCAGACAUCACAGCCAGAUUUCACUCAUAUGAGGACAUUGGCUGGUAUGGAAGUGCAUACCUCCUGACAGCAUCUGCUUUCCAACCUCUUUACGGCAGGAUAUACAUGUCAUUCGAGACCAAGUCAUCGUUUUUGAUUGCACUGUCUGUCUUCGAAGCCGGCAGCCUCGUGGCAGCUCUGUGUCCGUCGUCCGAAGUCUUGAUCGUUGGACGGGCCAUCCAGGGCUUUGGGAGCGCGGGAUUGCUGACAGGAGCAUUUGUGGUUGGCACUCAUUCAGUCCGACUCCAACAUCGGCCGGUGCUUUUCGCAGCAGUUGGAAUCCUUUACGGUAUCGGCGCAUUAUGUGGCCCAUUGUUGGGAGGCGCGUUCACCGACACCAUUGGCUGGAGGUGGUGUUUCUGGAUCAAUCUUCCCAUCGGUGCCGUGACAUUCAUCACUGUCUUCUUCUGUUUCAAGCACCGGGCCCCGACACACGGGUCCUCGCGUCCCCCUUUUGUACAAAGGGUACUUCAACUCGACCUUAUUGGCAACAUAAUCCUGUUGGCCGCGACCACGAUGCUGUUCCUGGCUCUUCAAUUCUCGGAGCAACGAUAUUCCUGGUCCAGUGCACGUUGCAUCGGCCUUCUCUGCGGGUUCGGGGUGACUACCCUGAUUUUCAUCGCAUGGAUGUUCUACCGGGGCGACGCGGCUCUGAUCCCUCCACGCAUUGCACGACAGAGAACAGUCGCGGCCAGCUGCGGCGCGGCUUUCUUGAUCUAUGGAGCCCUGCUCGUCCAUUCGUACUACCUACCGAUCUGGUUUCAGGCGAUCAAAGGGGCUUCUGCCAUCCAUUCCGGUGUCAACAUGAUCCCAUACAUGGUCGCAAAUGCCGUAUUCUCUCUGUUGGCGGGCAUUUUCGUCUCCAAGAACGGUCGCUUCGCCCCGCCCGCCAUCUUGGGCUGUGCUAUUGGAACCAUCGGCUCCGGGUUUCUGGCCACUCUGGACGAAUCAACACCGUCAUCUCGCUGGAUCGGCUUUGAGUUUUUGAUUUCGGCGGGCCUAGGUAUGGCCAUACAACAGGGCUUCAGUGCCGUCCAGGCUGUCCUGCCACUCGAAGAGGUUCCGAUCGGCACCGCCGCGGUUGUGGCUUCUCAGUCGCUGGGCGGUGCCAUCUUUGUUUCAGUGGGCAACACGUUGCUACAGGAUCAUCUUUUGAAAGAGAACAACGCUGGCAGCAUCCCGGGAGUCAACAUCCGUGCCGUCUUUGAGUUGGGUGCGACUCGGUUCAGAGACAUCGUUCCUCCAGCGGAUCUUCCAGCGCUUAUUAAGUUGUACAAUGAUUCUCUGCAAGCCGUCUUCAUCGCAGCGGUUCCGUUGUGUGGUGCCGCAUUUCUCUGCAGUCUGUGUAUGGAGUGGAGGAGCCUGAAGCGGGCGCAACCAGAACAAGGUGCAGGUCGUGAAAAGGUUUAGGCUGGAGAUGAGGAGACCGACCGCAUGAUCAGUCUAAUCAACCGUCCCUUUUAUACUAGUAAUUCAAUGGUCUCACCGUAUGAUAAC